CAUCAUGUACCUCACCAAUGCCCGUGCCAGGAUGCCUCGGGUCCCCUGGACCACAGUGUUGCCCCUCAGAGGACAGAACCCAGCAGAGGUGACAGCGUGGCUGAAAAACGCUCACUGCUUUCAGCAAACAGCUAAAUCUCCUGUCCAAUGGGGCACAUUCUGGAAUGCGUCGCCACCUUGCGUCUUCACUCCAUGCUGUCAUUUACAACUGUGAUGUCCUUGUGCCCCUCAGCGUUGCUGUUUACCCUGCUAGAGUACACUGAAAUGCUUUAGUAUCUCCAAAUGGACUGGCAUCUUCUCCACACUCUCCGUCUUCUUCAUGCUCUUCCAGCAACUACCAAGAUAAAGGAAGCAUUGCAGCUGCUCCUCGUUCUGCCUCAUGCCUCCUGACUACUGCUGUGUUGCCCGGGUUUGAAUCGCAUCUCCUGUUGCUGUAACCUUGUUUGCGGUGUUUAGCUGCUUACAGUUAUUUACCCACUUAUGCAGCUAGGCAAUUUUACUAGAGCAAUGUAGAGUAAGUACCUUGCUCAAGGCUACUACAGCCACAAGGUGGAUUUUGACUUGCAACCUCUGGUUCCAAAGGCAGCAGCUUUAAUCUCUCUAGGCUAGAAGUUGCCCCCAAGUCACCUUGAAUGAACAGUAAAGUAAAAGUUAUCCUGCUGCAUAAGUGGGCGAAUCAUUGUAAGACAGGAUGUCUUGAACGGAAGCGUGCGGUAAAGCAAUAAACUGAGAGGAAAAGCAGAAGCUCCACAGUUUCCCUUAAUGUUUGCCCCACCCCGCGGAAGUGAGCUUUUUCUGCGCUCUCGCAACUCUUUGAGCCUCUUUCAUUUAUAGCAUUUCACUUCCACACACAAUGGCUAAUGUUUCAACAAGAGCCAUGACGGUGAGCACUGUGAACGCGAGCACGAGCACGGGCACUACAUGGGUCAACAUGGGCUACACCAGGUCUUACGAGGGAAUGCUCAAGGUGACCCAAGUGGUGGUGCUCCUCAUCGCAUUCCUCUGUGUGCACUGCUCCUCAUUGUGGACUGACUACUCCGCCUACCGAUUCUUUGAGGUGGUCACGCUCUGGUUCCACAUAACUUUCCUCAUCUUUCUCAUCAUGCAUAUCUUACAGCUUCAGAGCAAACUGUCAUGCAUCAACUGGACCAUGACGGAGUUCCUGCACUACAUCAUUGGCGCCUCCCUCACCUUCAUUGCCUCCACAGUGGCUGCGGUGAAGAGCUAUGGGUUGUCAUCCCUCGUGGCUGGUUCAGUGUUUGGAUUCAUUGCAACCAGUCUGCUGGUCAUUAGCAUGUGGUUUUCCUACAAGGUUACGUACGGGCAGCCGACAACAAGUAUAAAUGUGUAAUUCAUUUGGUACAUUUUCUGCAAAGAUACUGAACAAAAUCUCACAUGGCAGUGACUGUCCAGAGUUACAUUAAUUCAUCUGGCAGAUGCUUUUUUGCAAAAUGACGCACAGUCAAAGAAGUGUUCAGUUUUAAACAACCCGCUUACUGUUCAUAAAGACAUGUUCUAUGGAAACAAAUUGCGUCUUUUGGGGCCAGUUUAAUUGGCCCACUAUAAUUGUUAUUUUACCAUCUGACGUGCUUUAUUAUGUUUACAUAAACUUGGCACAGUAUUAUAGUUUAUUACGAAAUGUGUCAGUGUUUUUUCUGCUCUGUUGCAAUAUCAUCACCUUAAACAAUCAUACCAAUCGGCUGAUGCGUUUUUGAGAGACAUUUGUUGUGAAUCAGGUACAAUAUUUAAAUGUAAAAUUUGUGUUAGUGCUUUAAAGAUAGAGGGGUGUGGUGGUGCAGCAGG